AUGGAAGAUUGCCAUAAAUCUCCGAUGUUAGAAAUUAACCAAUCACAUUACAAAAAUCAUCAACCUUACACAAAUUUUAAACUAUUCGGUGAGUGCGUACAAGAGUCGACCGUCAUGUCCUUGUAUGGUACUCCCAACGUGACAGAGGAUGCUUUUGAGCUAUCAAGCUCCAGUUCUAAGAGCGACUUGACAAUGGGGGAUAUAACCGUCAAUUCGAGGCUCAAACUCAGAACAAGACGUAACAAAGCUAAUGUGAGUGGUAAUAACACCUCAGACUCAUCCGAUGUGGAGAGACCCGCGAAGAGACGACGAGAUAUGACCAGGCAGAUCCAGUACUACGAAAAUGAAGGUGAUCUGGAAGAAGACGAAGUCGAGGGAAUAGAUGAAGACGAGACGGAGGAUUAUGUAGACCAAGAAAGGGAAACUGAGUCAGAAGAUGAAAAACUAUCAGAGAAGUAUCCAAAUCGAAGGCGCAGUGGCCGCAAACGAAAAUCAAUGCAAUCUGUAAUCGACCUGUCGUACGACAGUUAUGUCUUGAAUACUGAUGAAGAGGAUGAAAGGGCAAACGUAAAGCCGAAAUCGAAGCAAAGGGCGUCAGCCAAAGCCAAGACAAAGGAGAAGGUGAAACGAAAAAAUUCUUUGUCAGACUCUGAUGAGGCAGAUUCUGAGGAAGAUAGCGAGAUGUCGGAAAACGUGCCAGAGUCGGAUGGAUUUGUCAUUGGCAAAGUACUGGCUUGUGAAACGCACACUCAAAGAGAAUGGAAGAAAAUGUGCUGGAACAAGAACACUCGCUUUUUGACUCAUAGCUCUAUUUUUUUGCCAUCAGACGACGAAGAGGAAGAAGAUAAUGAAGAGGAGAUAUUCUCGAGUCAUGUGCAGAGAACGGGAAAACGUCAUGCUACAACUAAGAGGGAAGGACGUGCGGCAAUAAAGGAAAGUAUCGAUGUGGAUGACAUUGAAGAUGCUGGUGAGGAACGCUUCUUGAUCAAGUGGAAGACACUUUCGUAUCUGCAUACAAGUUGGCAAACAGAAGAAGAAUUACUGGAGACAGACAAGCUGGCAAAAGGAAAAAUACAACGCUUUCGCGAGAAAAAACUAGGCACAUUAUACAGUCAAGAUAUCCAAGGAGACGAAUAUUUUAAUCCAGAGUUUCGAAGUGUUGAUCGUAUACUUGAACUUCGAGAUAAGCCACUUGAUGACUUUGUUCCGGACGAUGCUGUUGAAGGUGAAAGCAAGUGUCAGUUUGUGUUAGUGAAGUGGAAGGCUCUUCCGUACGAUGAAAUCACAUGGGAGCGAGAAGAUGAUGUAGGUGAUGACGCCGCAAUGAAGCAAUACAACGCACGAAUUGUGCGAGCAGCGAAGCGCUAUAAGAAAAUUGCGCUUGCAAAACAUUUACCGCAAAAUAAGCGCAAAAAUUUUAGGGGCUACACCGCUGAUUCGCCACCACCGUGUCGGAAAGAGCAAAACUUAUUGCUACGUGACUAUCAGCUUACGGGUGUAAAUUGGUUACUUUUCAAUUGGUAUCAAAAACGAAAUUCAAUGCUGGCAGAUGAGAUGGGUCUUGGAAAAACUGUACAGACAGUCAUGUACAUUAACCAUCUCGCCGUGGUGGAGCUUACACCGCAACCAUUUAUCAUUGUGGCCCCACUUUCGACGUUGGGUCAUUGGCAGCGCGAAUUUGAUAGCUGGACCAACCUUAAUGCCGUUGUGUAUCAUGGGUCUGCUGCGGCGCGGGAUGUGCUGCAAAAUUAUGAGUUUUUUAUAUCGAAGAAUGAGCUGCUGCAUGCUGCUGAGCUAACAGGACAUAGCAGCAACAGUAAGCUGUCGACCUCACGACCGAAGCGCAAGUGCUAUCGCUUUGAUGUGCUUAUCACCACAUUUGAAAUGGCUUGCGCGACGGAUUUGUACAAGCUGGCGCAGAUCAAUUGGCAGCUGAUGGUUGUGGAUGAGGCGCAUCGAUUAAAGAACCGAAACUCGAAGUUGUCAAACAUCCUCCAUACAAGAUACACCUACGAAAAUAUGUUGUUGCUGACAGGUACUCCACUGCAAAAUAAUGUUGAGGAGCUUUGGGUGCUUUUAAACUUUCUUGAUGGUGAUAAAUUUGCGUCAAAGGAUAAAUUCCUUGAAAAUUUUGGGGAGCUUACAGAUUCUGCACAAGUCGAUCGUUUGCAUACAGAACUUAAGCCGUACAUACUUCGACGCAUGAAGGAAGAUGUGGAGAAGUCGCUUGCUCCAAAAGAGGAAACUAUUAUUGAAGUCGAACUCACUGUGCUUCAAAAGCAAUAUUAUCGCGCUAUCUAUGAGAAAAAUACAGAAUUUCUCUCAAGAGGUAGCAAAAAAGGUGACACACCUAGCCUGAUGAAUGUUUUAAUGGAGCUUCGCAAGUGCUGUAACCAUCCUUUUCUCGUUCGAGGUGUAGAGGAGCGCGAAGUGAAGCGUUUAACAAAACAAAAAGAUGUGUCGAAAGAAGAAAUUCAACGUCAAAUUCGUGAAAGUCUUGUGGACACAGCGGGUAAGCUGACUCUUCUAGACAAGUUGCUGCCGCGCCUCAAAGACAAUGGUCAUCGAGUAUUGAUUUUUUCCCAAUUUAAAAUAAUGCUUGACAUUCUUCAGGACUAUCUGGCACUGCGUCGCUACAAUUGUGAGCGCAUUGAUGGCAAUAUCACAGGCAACGAGAGACAAUCAGCGAUUGAUCGAUUCAGUCGAGAAGACAGUACCUCAUUUAUCAUGCUAUUAAGCACUCGCGCAGGCGGUGUGGGCAUUAAUUUGACAGCGGCUGAUACCGUUAUUAUAUAUGACAGCGACUGGAACCCGCAAAAUGAUCUUCAGGCUCAAGCACGUUGUCAUCGUAUCGGCCAGAAAAAAAGUGUGAAAAUUUAUCGAUUGCUUACAGCAAAAACUUACGAAUUGCACAUGUUUCACACGGCGUCCUUAAAGCUUGGACUAGAUCAAGCAGUGCUGGGAGGUAUCAAAAAUGACGAUCCUGUAGCAAAACUAAAAGGGACGGCAAAGUCGAGCAAGACCAACGAUCGGAUGUCAAAAGAGGAGAUUGAGAACUUACUCAAGCAUGGCGCUUACGAAAUAUUUAAGGAGCAGGACAGUGAAGCUGAGGCAGCUAGCAAACAAUUUAGCGAGGAAAGCAUCGAUCAAAUUCUUAGCCGCAGUACCACGAUUGUUCAUGAUCCAACUCGAGGUAAUGGGAACGAGACGAAAAGUGUCAUGUCUUCGUUUUCAAAGGCAACUUUUGUAAGUUCGACUAAUCCAGACGAGGAAGUAGACGUUGACGAUCCAAAUUUCUGGACGAAAGUGAUUGGCUUAAAUGGAGUUGAGGAACAGAAGAAAACAGAGCCGUCACCUUUGCAAAAAAGACGUUGCCGUCGUAAGGUGAAGUCUUACCUGACUGACGACGAUAAGACUUACAUGAUUGAUGGGAGUGAAGAUGAACGCGCUUGUCGCAAAAAAUUGUUUCGAGGGAUGGAAGUUCAAAAAGACGAAGAGUUUGUAAUUUCCAAUGAGGAUGAUGAUGACGAUGACGAUAUGAGCAAUUCAUCAAUGACAGAAGACGACCAUUCUGUCGAUAACAAGCGAAAGCGCACUCAGUUACUAAACAUACCGAUAUUUCACCAUGUAGAACGAAUUAUCGAGCUUCUUGGAAGUUUUGGAUACGGGCGAUGGGAUGACAUGAAGCGGCAUUGUUCAACAUUACAAGCGUACCCAAAUGCAGAACUAAUUCAAUUUGCUCAAAAGUUUGUCACCGGAAUGGUUCGCGUGAUGACAGCAACAACGACUUUCGAGCGUAUUGGCUUAGGAUUGGAGCCUAGCCGAGUGUAUAUAGUUUCGAGCACCCCUCCUCCGUUGCUAAUGGGAUCUGCGUCACCAAUUGAAAGAUAUGCGUAUGAACUCAACGUUUCGGCUCGCCGCUUUCCUUUUCUUCUUGCCAUGAUGAAGGACAUGCAAGUUGAGAAUCUGCUGGCUGUCGCAGUACCUCCAUCGCUAUGGCUAACGGAUUAUCAGAGUAGAACAGCACGUGGGUUUCGUACGAAGCUGCAACAGAUUGACAUCAUGUAUAGGCUGAGCGAAUUUGUGCAGCUAAACUUCAGUAAAGCGCCGGCGCUCGUUCAUACUAUCGAGUGUCUACAAAGUAUUGGAAACGAAGCUGUUGUUCAAAAUAUGAUUGAAUCUGGUACAGUUCCGCCAUUACCUGUUGAACUGCCUAUUAAGCAGAAAGAAACAGUCAAACCUGCAUCUGAAAUAGAGACGUUUAAAAAAACUGAAGUAGUCUCUGUAGAAGAUACUGCAAGCAAAGAUGAAAAGGCUGCAGUGACAACAGAUCGGAAUCCCAUCGCGUCAACUCUUUCUUCUAAAAGCGAGAAAUUGGACGAGGCUGAAUGCAAGAUGAUAUCGUCUGCAGAGGUUGCGACGCAUGAUAAUCAUACUAUUUCUCAAUCCGACGAAGUAAAGUCAGUUGAAAAAAAUGACGAAACAAUUGAUAUGUCAUCCGAGAAACAUUUGGCUAUUGAAAAAUACUCGAAGACUCCACCUGACUGCGUUAACAUUCCUGGUUCGGGUCCGACCCAAACUCCAACAGAAACGAGCGACGACAAGAACGAAAAGAAUGUCGACACUUUGAGUUGUGAAAAUAAAUUUAUCCCUAGAAAUACUGGUGCUGAAAAUGAAAGUGAUUCGUCAUUACGUGAAAACGCUGGUAGUGGUCCUGCAAAAGAGCCAAUAGUGCAAGGGAAGUCCGGCCCAUUAGCCGAAAAUGAGCGGAUGCAGGCAAUGCGGAUCCUUGGAUCAUUGCCUCCUGUUAAUUCCCCUGAGCUGGUGGCACCUUGGUGGAUUUCUCGUGUAGAUGACGUUAUGCUUUUGAUACAUGUGUAUCGUGAAGGAUGGGUUAAAGGACGAGGUAUACCCAGUCAGAUGGUAAACAUAUCAACGUUGUUUGGACACCGCGCAAAGUGUUAUCCGACUUCUAAAUGGCCCUCUAUGGCCAUCUUAAAUCGGCGUCUGAAGUUGCUACUACACUUGUGGACAUCCACAAAAAGCACUAGCAUUGCACCAUCCACGACAUCGAUUGCUACAGCAUUGAAUUUAACCACCUCAAAGCUUCAGCGACAGCAACAGCUUCUCGAUCUGCAGCAGAAACUUCAACACCAACUUGAGCAUCAGCGUGUGCCACAUGCAAAAAUGUCGGCCAAUAAUGUACGACAUAAUCAGUUUGCGAAGCUUGUGUUUUCAUUCGGAAUUCCAGAUGUUAGCACUUGUCAAGACAUGCGCGAGCGCAAUGAAAAAUGGCGCUAUUUUUUGCAAGACAGUCAAUUAAAUAUUGGACACUGCUCACUAGAGGAACUUCUCGCUGAAGCACAUGAUCUGGAGCGUGUAUGCCGUCAUCGUUUGCGCGCAGCUGCUGACAGACAGAUUAUCAGUAUGUUUAGCAACGAAGACUCGAUUUUGGGUGGCAAGCGUGGCUUUUGGCUUCUUACAACUACGCAGUGUCGACGGUUAGUGCAUCGCAUCGAUCUGUUUCGGCUGCUUCGGACUCAGAUCCUUAUCUUACCACCAGCUCAGCUCGUUGAAGUAGUCGCUCGCGUGGUCAGGGUACAGUCAGUGUCUACAGAGUAUCCAGCCUGGUGGAGUAGUCCAAGGCAUGACAUUUUGCUGUUGCAGGGUGUUGAAUGCUACGGACUUGAUGAACAUUUGGCUUCGGUUUGGAAACUUCCGCUGUUUAGCUCUGCAAAUACAACAAAUUCGAAUCCAGGAUUUAGCUGGGUAGAGAAUUAUGUGACAGCACUCGCAUUAACGUGUCGCAAUUUGCUUAUCAAAGUGCUUAAGAAUCGAGCUGAACGACUCAUUGAUCUGAGCAAUGACGACACGGAAAUAUCGCGCUCGCGACCUUCUCGCAAUCAAGAAUCGGAGACUGUACGUCGCAUUCGAGAUAUCGGGGCCAUGCGAAAAGAAGAUCCACACGUUGUUCCGUCAGUUCGUUUACGACAGAUUUUUGAAAGCAAUACAUCGCAGCGAGAGAAGCGUCGUGAAGAGUUGUCUCCAGUAAAGUUAAACCCGAUUAAAAGUCUUUUGAUGCCAGAAGAGGAGACGGCCUUGAUGCAGCUAGAGGAUCCAUGUUUUUCCACGCACGUACGAGCAAUUUGGGCUAAGCAGAAAAAGCACGAUGAAAUAAAGGACGCAAAUGCUCACUCAGCACUGUCAUGUAAGGCUAGCAGUGAUGCACUAGAGGAUACGGUGGAUAGAAAUGGCAGCAGCACUCAAGACAUGGAGAUGACAUCACCAUCGUCUAAGAACAAGGGCAAUAAUGAUUCUGGAAAAGUUGCGAAGGAAGUUCACGUGUCUAUGAGUAAAAGACCAGUCCGAGCUGCUGCUGUAGCUGCGAUAAGUAAGCUGAACAAUUCGAGAAUUUCAAGUAGUGGUAAGAGUCAAGAUCUCGAUGUAGCUUCUGAUAAAGUUACUGUGGCGAAAAGCGAGCCAAAAAAAUCUGUGCAAUCUUGGAAUGUGAUCGUGAUUGACUCCUCUGAUGACUCCGAUUAA